AUGUCGUACGUGGGACAGGGCGCAUCUCUACACACCCUUACACCAUUGACAAGCACAGACUCGUCGCCGCCGGGCAAGCCCCCGAGCCCGCGAUCCGCAAAGCCUGCGAAUGACUCGACACACGCGUGGGUUGGUUCGGACAAGGCGCCGUCGGCAUCUGCGAAGAACAUCACCACCAUGACGCCCGCGCACACCCCACCGGAGCCGCCCGUAUCCUCACGGCCGACAAAUGGCAGAAUGGGCUACCGCGCCAUCUACGACCCUGCUCUCGAUACUAAACUCAACGCGACGCAAAAGAAGGGCGGCAAAGUCGUAUACAAGGAGAUAGUAGAGAAGGGCGACCCAUCUCCCCCUCCCGAUCCCCGUUUGGCCCUCCCGGGUUACACCACCGGUGGUUUUGUCAUGCCACUAAAACAAGGACAAAGGCACAAGUUUAAGAUUCGACCUGCGCCGUACAAUUUCAAGCCGUAUAACUUCGACCCUCGUAUCUCCUGCGGCCCCGAUCCAGCGACCCAAGUUGUGGUCACGGGAUUUGAUCCAUUGACGCCAGAGUCUCAGAUCCGCGCAUUCUUCAGCUCUUUUGGUGAAGUCGCGGUUGUGGAGAAUAAGGUCCACCCUGACAAUGGGAGCCCUCUCGGGAUAUGUCUGGUCAAAUACCGGGACACGCCCCCAUCGCGCAAGAUUCCUUGUGUGAAGGCUUCCGAUUCGGCUAAGCGAGCGCAAAAUGAGGGUACAAAUCAGCGGCUUGGCCUGCGCGAAAUCAAGGUGCAGACGGAUCGCGAAGGCCGUAAGUGCGAGACUCUCGUCGCCAAGUUUGUGGAAAAGAGCAGGGCGCAACAGGAGAAGCUGAAACCCAAGCUUCCGCAAGCUGCUCAGACGGCCUCGCCCGCGACUCCGACUGCGCCUAACCUGGCUGAUCUACCUGCGAAUGUGCCUAAGGGACCGUCUGGGAGGGGGACUGGAAUGCGGCCGAUAUUACACAUGAACGGACCACCCAUGGGGAAAAAGGCGGCUUUGGCACAUCUCAUCGAGUCAGAACCCAUAAAACCACGGUUGAAGCGGACACCGUACAUUUUCAUCACUUGCGAAUCCGUUCCGGUAUUAGGCCCGACGAUUGAACAUCUUCAGAAGCGACUCAAGGCAUGGAACUGGACUUCCGUACGAUGCGAUCGUUCGGGUUACUUCAUUACCUUUGAGAAUUCCAGGCGGGGUGAGGAGGAGACGGUGAAAUGCUAUAGGGAGUGCAACGGGCUCCCACUCUUCACCUACACAAUGGUCAUGGAGUGCCAACCCUAUGGAGACCCGGACUAUGAGCGGAGUCCCAGUCCGGAACGGGUAGCAGCCAUGAACAGGCGAAAAGCCGAAGAGGAGAGGAUCAAGAGGGAGGAAGAGGAAGAUGUGGAGUUCGAGAAGAAGCAGAGGGCUGAGGAAUUGGACCCCGUCAAGGCCGCACUUGAAAUGCUGAAGCAGGAAUUCAAAGAGAAGCUGGUGGGCGAUGUCAAGGCACGGAUCGCAGGCCCUGCAUUGCUCAAGCUGAUGGCUCCCGAGCGGCAUGCGGCAAAACGGAGGAAACUGAAUAUCCCCGACCCGCAAAGCAAAGAUGAUGCACGGUUGCCUGGUCUCAUUGUUCCUGGCAUUGAUGCAGCGGUAUCCGGUCCUCUUCGCCCUAGCGGUUUUGCAGGGAAAUUCGGCCGCAAGCCCCUUGGUCCUUACGAUCCCAAUCGCAUUCGAGGAAAGAAGCAGGUGCGGCCUAUUAAUGUGUAUGGAGAUGAGCGCAGGAAAACGACGGCUCCUAAGCGGAGCAAUGUGCGCGGUCUUCAUCACGCGCUGCUCAUGCGAGACGAGAAAGAGGAUUCUGAUGAUGAGAAUAGAAGUUCCUUCACGCGUGAUACUGAAGAGCAGGAGAGUCGACAGAUCAGCCGUGCUCCUUCGACAGAUGAUGAAGAGGAGGAAUCCAGCAGAGCUCACCGCGCAAAGAGGCGGCGUAUUGAGGCCGGAUGGGGUGAAGACAGCGACGAUGAGAUGAUGGACGAUUCACAUGCGCGCAGUUUGCUUGCCCACCUGAUUCACAAGGAUCCGGAGAACAUGGCUGAGAAGGAGCUGGAGCAGGUUCUCGCCAUUCUGCCGCGUUCUUCGCCGAUCUGGAAGAAGGCGGACAAAGCAUUGAAGGGCUUCAGGAGGCUUCGUAUGAUUGAGCAGGAGGCGGAUGCGAUAUUUGGCGUGGAAGCAAACGAAGACAAACUCGAGCCUGAGGUGGUCGUCACUCCUGUGCCCGCUCUGGAGGACGAAGAGGGCAAGUCUAAAAAGAAGGCGGCGAAGCCCAAGAAGAAGACGAAGAAGCAGCUUCAGGAGGAAAUCAAGGCCGCGCAGGUUGAAGUCGUCGAGCUGCUACGAGAAGAGGAGGGGAUUCCAGAGGAGGAAGAGGAAUUGAAAGAGGAGAUCACGCCUGCGCCAGUGCUAGAGGGGCCUCAAGAGGAGGAAGAGGAGGAGCGGGCUUCGGUCCAUUGGGGAGUGUCGACAUCGCAUCCCCGGCGCACCGUGGAAGACGACCCUAGCGUCGUCAUGGACAUUGAUGGAUGGCAGCACAUGCUCAAGGACGACGAGGACUUCAGACUUUUGAGCAAGGCAUUAAUGGCAGAGGUUGUGGCCAGGAUUGGAGACGCGCAUACUUGGGCAUGGAAGCAAAAGCAGAUCAAGCAUCUCAAUCGGCCCGGCGAGGAAGGCGUAUCUCGGACGGAGACCAAGAUCCAAGGGUACUAUGUGCCGAACCCCACAGGUUGCGCCCGGACAGAAGGCGUCAAGAAGAUACGCGAGUCGGAGAAGUCAAAGUACCUACCGCACCGCAUCCGCGUGCAGAAGGAGCGCGAGGAACGGCAGCGGCAGGCCAAGGUCGAGGAGCGCGGCACGGCCGUUGUGGAAGGCUUCAAGUUCAGCACGGGCUCCAAGACGACGUCGACGUCCAACUCGCGCGCGAACCGGGCCAACAACCGGCGCCUGGUCAACGACAUUAACAUCUCCAAGACGAUUGGCGGGGCCGACGGCGACGCGAUCCGCUUCAACCAGCUUAAGAAGCGCAAGAAGCUCGUCAAGUUUGACCGGUCGGCGAUCCACAACUGGGGCCUCUACGCGCAGGAGAACAUUGCGGCCAACGACAUGAUCAUCGAGUACGUGGGCGAAAAGGUGCGGCAGCGCGUGGCGGACCUGCGCGAGGCCAAGUACGACAUGCAAGGGGUGGGGUCGAGCUACCUGUUCCGCAUCGACGAGGAUACGGUGAUUGAUGCGACCAAGAUGGGGGGCAUCGCGCGGUUCAUCAAUCAUAGCUGCACGCCGAAUUGCACGGCCAAGAUUAUCCGGGUGGAUGGGACGAAGAGGAUUGUGAUUUAUGCGUUGAGGGAUAUUGGGCAGGAUGAGGAACUCACGUACGACUACAAGUUUGAGCGGGAGAUGGACGCGACGGAUCGGAUCCCUUGUCUCUGUGGGAGUGUGGGGUGUAAGGGGUUUUUGAAUUAG